GACUGUGCUUAUGGACAUGAUGAAAUAAAUUGUACCAGAGUGACAUGUAGACAAGGCUAUUUUCAGUGUCCAAGCGAUGGCCCCUUGGGAGAGUGCCAUUCGUCAUACUAUUUGUGCAAUGGAAAUGAUGACUGCGAAGAUGGAUACGAUGAGCUGGAUUGUACUCUUGUUGUUGGGUUUAGUUCAACCUCAUAUACUGUAACAGAAGGGGUACAUUUUGCAUCAUUGACAAUAACAAGACUCGGCGGCAACAUUAAUGCUGAAGUUAACAAUGUAACAUUUAAGGCGAUUCCUGGAACUGCUGAUGCGGGGAGUGACUUUAUGCCUGUAAUGGGUUAUGUGGUGAUCUACCGUGGAAAUGUUAACUGGACAGUGGAUGUUCCCAUAAUCAAUGACAUGGACGUUGAAAAUCCAGAGACAUUCUCUGUUUCACUCAUGUCAGAAUCGUCGAGGGCUGUGGUAGACUCCAUCUACAGCUACAUUAUCAUCACCAUUGCUGAUAAUGAUUAUAAUCUAAGUUGUCCAGUCCUAGGUGGGAUUACUAAUGGGUCGGUCACUGUUAGCGGCGGUGCCACAAUUGCAGUUUACUCUUGUGAUGAAGGGUUUGAGUUGGUAGGAGAGUCAACCAGAGAGCGUACGAAUGACUCCACGUGGAGUGGAAGGAGUCCAACGUGCAGAUCUCUGUGUCAUGAUGCGAGUAAUCCUGCCAAUGGUGUGGUAUCACAGUCUGGUAAUUCAGUGGGAGACAUGGCUACCUACACCUGUAAUGAUGGAUAUGAGUUGGUUAGAUCUCCGGUUCUUACCUGCCAGAAUGAUGGAACCUGGGAUAACAGUCCUCCAGUCUGUAAACCUCUGUGUCCUGAUCUCAGCAACCCUGCCCCUGGUGUGGUAUCACAGUCUGGUAAAUCAGAGGGAGACACAGCUACCUACACAUGUAAUGAUGGAUAUGAAGUAAUCGGAGCUCCGGUGCUCAACUGUCAGGAUGAUGGAACCUGGGAUGAUAGCCCUCCAGUUGUAAACGUAGUUGUCUGUACUACUCUGGGUAAUCCGUCCAAUGGUAUGGUGAGUCUCACCGGGACCUCAAUUGGAAACACUGCCACCUACACCUGUUAUGAUGGAUAUGAACUAGUUGGAGUUCAAGUUCUCAACUGUCAGAGCAACGGGAUGUGGGAUAAUAGUCCGCCAAUUUGUAGACCUCUGUGUCCCAAUCUCGGUAAUCUUGCUAAUGGUGAAGUGUCACUAUCUGGGAAUUCAGAGGGUGACAGAGCUACCUAUGCAUGUAAUGAGGGCUAUGAACUAGUUGGGACUCCAGUUAUCAACUGUGAGGAUGGUGGAACUUGGGAUGACCCUCCACCUACCUGCACACCUCUGUGUCCUGAUGCCAGUAAUCCUGCCAAUGGUGUGGUAUCACAAUCUGGUAACUCAGAGGGAGACACGGCUACUUUUGCCUGCAACGAUGGAUAUGAGUUGGUUGGAGCUCCGGUUCUUACCUGCCAGGAUGAUGGGACCUGGGAUAACAGUCCUCCAGCCUCCUGUCUGAGUCUUAACGUGGUUGUUUCAUUCAAUCCCACUUCCUACACUGUGACUGAGGGAGUGGACGGGGCUGCUGAACUGGUGCUUGUCAGAAGUGGGGAUCUCAGUACAACCACUGUUGUUACUGUCACCACUGAAGCUGGGACUGCUACUGGUGUGUUCUGUAAUAAUAGAAUAUGAACUAGAGGAAUGCAAGACAUUGUGGGCGAGCGAGCACAAGCAGUUCAAUAUUUCGUGUGUGUUUUGCAUAUAUAUAGAAUGCGUUUAUAGAAUCAUAUGGUGACAGUACCCAUUACAGUAGUGACAGAUAGUUAAGAAUACUCCUGGCAUUGAAACAACUAGGUAGGCUUGCCUCGCUAGCCAAUAAAUUUCUCUCUCUUCCUAUAGCUGGUGUUGAUUACUCGUCACUUAUGGAGAUGGUAACAUUUGAAACCGGAGUGGAUAGAGCAACAGUCAGUGUCCCCAUCAGUGAUGAUAGUGGCGUAUAGAAAGACGAGACAUUUACUGUAGUCUUGUCUGGGUUUCAUGGCAGAUUGAUUACCAGAAACAUUGCUGUGGUGACCAUUACUGACUUGGAUGUUUGUCACCCAGUAGAAGAACCUCACAAUGGUUCUGUGACUCUGUCUGGCUUUGGGACAAGAGAUACGGCAGUCUACUCUUGUGAAGAAGGUUUUGGGUUGGUGGGACAGUCAACGAGAUUCUGCAUGAAUGAUUCAACUUGGUGAGGCCCCCGUCUGCCGAAAUCUCUGCCCUACAUCACCAUCAAUCCCAGAGAAUGUGGUGAAUGUAAGCAGGCCUUGCUGUGGUGUGGUGACGUGGGGUGUCCCAGAUGGAUGUGUUCUAGAGCACACCUACAGGAUCAGGUUCUUCAGUGGUCGUAGUUAUAGUACUACUCAAUCUUCACAGAGGAUUGUUCUAUCAUCUAUGACAAACUCACUGCAUUUCACUGCUGAGAAUGUGCCAAGUGGCCGGCACCCUCUAUGCUAUUGUAGCUAAAGGCUAGAAGCAGUGGUGGUAAAUUUUCUCGUGUGUGGUCCACACCAAUCACAGCAGCGGGUAGCUAAAUGGUCAAGAAACUGAGUGUGAGAGUGGAGCUGUUCGUCUGGCUGGUGGGAAUUCCACUGAGGGAUAUGGUAGAGUGGAAGUCUGUCUCAAUAGUGUAUGGGGUACGGUAUGUGAUCACUCGUGGGAUAUGCAAGAUGCUACAGUUGUCUGUAGGCAGCUUGGGCUGCCCUUCUUAUAUCCUAGACUGCGUGAAUAUGCAAGCUAUGGUCAGGGAAAUGGGCCAAUACACAUGGCCAAUGUGGGCUGCACUGGAGAGGAAGAGUCUAUCUUUGAUUGUCCUUAUGAAGGAGCAGACAGCCAUGAUGACUGUCAACACUAUGAUGAUGCUAGCCUUCGAUGUGCUGAUCAGACAAAGAUAUGGGGAUGGUGUCAAGUACUUUAAGUUGUCUUUGCUCUGUAAUGACCCCUUGUUUCUUACCUUUUCAUGUUUUGAGCCAUCCCUACAUCCCCUUCAAUUUGAAGCAAUUGUUGAGUGAUUUUUCA